UUCUUGCGGAUUAUCAGAAUCAAAACAAAAACUGUAAAUUGAAAUUUGCAGCCUCGAAAAUCUUUGAAAAAUAUUAGCAGUGCACAAAGCUCGUAAAUUUUCUAUUGCGAUGGCACAAAGUGGCACGCGACCUUCCCUGGCCUCGCAGAGCAGCGAGAUGGCCACGGCGGAGGACAUGAAGGAGGCUGGCCUCGACGACGCCGUCACUAGACUCCUUGAUGGGUACGACUGGGCCAGCCUGCCCGUGACUCAGAAGUCGACGUCGCGCAGUCGUGCGCACAUCAAGCGCCCCAUGAACGCCUUCAUGGUGUGGGCGCAGGCUGCGCGACGGAAGCUCUCCGACCAACACCCACAGCUGCACAACGCUGAGCUCUCCAAGACGCUCGGCAAACUCUGGAGGGUGCUGAGUGACGAAGAGAAGCAGCCGUUCAUAGAGGAGGCAGAGAGGCUGCGCACGCAGCACAAGCGCGACCAUCCCGACUACAAGAUAUCCUUGCUGGGCAGCAGCAGCAGCAGCUACACGUGCAGCAGCGGCAGCGUGAGCAGCAGUGCGGUGCAGCUGCACACUCCUGCAGCGCUGCACCACCACACCGCACCACCCACACCACCCAGGACACCACAGAACCCGCUCCUUGCUGGCGGACGUGGCUCUAUUGCAGCUCAAGCUGCCUCCAGCUCAGCCAGCGUCGGGGCAGCUCAUCAUGCAGCUGCAAGCAGCGCCUGCAGCAGAGGUAAUAACAACAGCAAUCCCCGCGCUGAUUGUUCUUAUAAACCGGACAGCGUGACAAGAAAUAGCAGCCUGACCAACACGAUAACCUCCCCUCUCUUCGGUCCGUCGAACACUGCGGGACUCGGGCAUGUGUUGGGGCAUCACUCGGGACUGGAGGAGUCGGCCCGCGCUCACCACCACCAACAUCAUCACCACCUGCUCACCAGUAACGCAUCGACCAACAGUGCAGCGUUCCACCCUCCUUGUUUCUCCGCCCCCACCACCACCUCCCCAUUCUUCAGGGACUCUACUGACCCUGCAAACAUGAGCACUGCCAUCAUGAGGCCUCCUUCCUUCAGCCAGGACUUCUUUCAGAAUCACAUGCUUGGAGCGAGCAGCAGCAGCAGCGGUGGCCACGGUGGCCAGAGCGCUGCAGGAGGACAAGGAGGCCAAGCCUUCUACCCAUACGGCCACCAGGGGCUGCCUCAUCCUUAUUAUAUGACGCCAAGAUAAAAAAAAAUAACUCAGUACUCACUGCAGU